AUGACAACAUCCGAUCGUCGUCAGUCGAAUCAUCAUAAAGAAUUAAGUAAUGUUCAUCAGACUAAUGAUAAUAAUAAUUCAAGAGAUGCUCAAAUAGAUUCUGAGUUACUUGAAUUAGAAACAGCUUUAAACGAUAUUGAAAAAGCUAUGGAUAAAAUAGAAUCUCAAAAUUCACAUAUUCAAACAAAAUUACGUGAUCUACUUGAAUCAAAUAGACAAAUGACAAAAGAAUUUACUGAUAUACGUCGCGGUAUGACAAAUAAAUUUAAAGAUGUAACACGAGAUUUAGAACAAACAUCAGGUACGGCACAUGAUUUAGCUGCUGUUACAUCCAAUACAUUAAAUAAAAUUGAACAUGAAAUGUCAUCAACGAAUGAAAAUAAAAAUUUCAAAUAA